UGACAAAUGCAAACUUCCAAGGUCUAUAAAUUGGAAACAUGCAACCCUUCAAGCCAAAUUCAUCACAAGAACAAACAAAGAAAUUUCUUACAUAUCCAACCGACAAAGAAAGAGACAUCACCAUCAAUAUCAUCACCAUGUCAAUGGAUCAAAAGAAAUCUAACAAAAUUAGAGAAAUUGUUAGACUUCAACAGAUCCUUAAGAAAUGGAGAAAAAUAGCAAACUCAUCAAAAACCACAGCCAACACCACCACCAUCACUAGAAGCAAAAGCAUGAAGUUUCUAAAAAGAACACUUUCUCUUUCUGAACGUGAAGGAGGAACAACAUCAUCAAACAACAAUGGUUCUGUUCCAAAAGGAUAUUUAGCUGUUUGUGUUGGAGAAGAGCUUAAGAGGUUCAUCAUACCAACUGAAUAUUUGGGUCAUCAAGCUUUUCAGAUUCUUUUGAGAGAAGCUGAAGAAGAAUUUGGGUUUCAACAAGCUGGUGUAUUGAGGAUUCCUUGUGAAGUCUCUACUUUUGAGAGUAUUUUGAAGAUGGUUGAAGAUCAUGGAAAGAAUAAGGACAAGUUUUCAAAUCAAGAAUGUAGAUCAAUUAGCAUUGAAGAGAUGAUGGGUUAUUGUUCUUUAGAAAAUCAACUUGCUUGUUCUCAUCAUCCUCAAAGUCCAUUGUGUAGAUAAAUAUAAUAAUUAAUAUUAUUGGAUGUUGCAAAUUUUUAUCCAUCUUAUUUUCCUUUCUUUGUUUUUACCAUUUAUAACAAAAUUAAUGAGCGAACCAUCUUUUUGAUA